AUCUCCAUAUCGAAGAACACACACACACACACACACACACAAAACGUUUACGAAAGAAUAGGAGAGAAUCAAGCUUCUUCCGACUCGGACAGUGUUUUUUGUAAUUCGAACGAAAAAUGACCGACCAAUGCCAAGAAGACUCAUUGAAAGAGAUUGACAGUUCUAGACACCCUGGUACGACCAACAGCCAGAAAAGAAGGCGCAAUGCGGCGGAGAAGGAGACCACUUCAACUGACGAGGAAAUAAGAGAACCAGUGCGUGAAGGGGAUGACUGCAAGCUUUUCUGCAUUUGCACUGGAAAGGAAAACGACGUUCCCCAAUAUUUGUACGUUCCCCACUUUCAAAAGAAAGAAAACAAGAGACCAAUUUAUCAGGGGUACUACAAGUGCGAUGUUCCAGCUGCCAUCGUACAGAUAGAACUGCUCCGUAGCGGUACGACCAAAAAAGAAAUUGAUCGAGAGCUUCUAAUAUUGAAAGAACUGGAGGUCCACGAAAAUUUUAUUCGCUAUUUUACUCACGAGAUGAACAAGGACUUCGUGUUCAUUGCAACAGAACUGUGUCUGUGUUCAGUUGCAGACCUUUUAGAUCCAGCUCUCGAGGAGGAAAUCCCAGAGAAAGAAGCAAUUCUGUUGGAUUUACAAGCGAAAGAAAUCCUGCGCCAGGCAACGAGAGGACUCAGCUACUUACACCAAAACAACUUCGUCCAUCGCAACAUCAAACCCAAUAACUUUCUUAUUAAAGAUGUUAAAACAGGCGACAAAUCAUGUCGAUUUGUAGUUAAAAUAACUGAUUUUCGCCUAACCAGAAAGCGUGAUCCUCAUAAGAACUUGCAGUUAUCGGGGUCGGUUGCAUCAGAAGGAUGGGAGGCACCGGAAAGCAGAGAUUUGACAAAAGAUCUCAGCACAAAAUUGGACGUCUUCAUUCUCGGUUGUUUCUAUCACUAUGUCCUGGUUGCACUGUCGAAGAAUGAAGCCAACAAAGGAAAGCCCAGACAUCCAUUCGGAGACAGCAGUAAUACGCGUACGGAUAACAUUAACAAUAUAGAUUAUUUCUCUGAGAGAGAGCUUCCAUUCGUUUCCAAUGAUGAGGAAGAGGCAAAAGUGGUAGAUCUUAUAAAGAAGAUGUUGAAGUUCAACGAGGAGGAACGUCCAACAUUACAACAAGUUCUUGCCGAUCCUUAUUUCAUGCCUUCCGAAGAUUACAACAUAUAUAAGUCUGCGAUACCCGGUCUUUGUGUUAUCUUUAACCAGGAAGAAUUCGAAAAUGGAGAGGUCCGUAAAGGAAGCGAGAGGGACCGAAAUAAGUUAAAGGAAACAUUUAACAAACUGGGUUUUAAAACUAUAAUUUAUAAUGAUCAAAGUUCAUAUGCUUUGAAAACUGAAAUCAAGAGUCUGGCCAAAAAAGAUUUCAAGAAUUAUGGCUGUUUAGUUGUAUGUCUUUUGUCUCACGGAAUUGAAAAUGCAAUCCUUUGCUACGAUGGUAGAUAUGUUAACACAGACGAACUCAAGUACGAGUUCUCUUUGGAUAAGUGCCCCUCCCUCUAUGGCAAACCGAAAAUCUUCAUCGUUCAGGCUUGUCAAGGAAACCUGGAACAGAGCCAAACGGGAAUAGUUGCUCACAACAAUUCAUCAUCCGUAUUUUCACAGCGGGUCUCUCGUAUUUUUCAAGCUAGUUUUGGUCCAUUGGACACGCCUUCCACAAUAAGCUUGACAAAGACCGACGUUGAACCCAACUAUACCGAAGAAGAUUUAAAAGACAUGAAAAUUUUUGAAGACGCUCGAAAGAAUCCUCCAAUUAUGGAUUUCCUAACAAUCAAUGCAACCCUACCCGGUUUUAGAGCAUAUCGGUUUUAUCACGCAAAAGUGUUUCGAGGUAGCCUUUUCAUUCAAAGUCUCUGUGAGGCUUUGUCUGAAGAAUAUUUGCAUAAAAAACCGGAUGAAAGUAAGCAACACCUGGAAGACUUACUUAGAUGUGUUCAGGUUAAAAUCAGCAAAUGUUCAGAGGAACUCGAAAAGAAUUCACACGGAAACGUAUUCUGGCAAACUAUGCCAUGGGAAGUAUGCCUGAGCAAACAUAUUCGAUUUUGCAAAGGUGAGACAGAAGGCACUGACAUCUCCUUACGCGAAGUAUAAUUCCGUUGUAUCCGAAAGCCAUAGUUUGUUUAACUUGGAGAUUGCUGGCAUAUGAUGUCUACUACUAAUCAAUGAAAGAUUCAAAUUAGGUUUGGUUUCUUUAGUAGAGCAAGUGGUAAGCGCUUAGUUUUUGUUUCAACUUUAUUUGUAUUAUGUAACUGAAUCGCGUAAUCUACUGAAAGUGUAACCUGUGUGGAAUUUCUUUAACUCGUAGUUUUUCAAGUAUUUUUCUUUUUUUACUCUGAAGACCCGCAUGCAUUGGAUGGAAAUCCAGUUCUUAAUAAAGAAAACAGAGAUAAUAAAAUGAUUUUUAGAAUUUUA